UGGGGCUGGAUCUCUCACAGGCAGACCCAGUGCGGUGAGCAAGCUCGCAAAGCGGCUGUGCGGAAGUUCUUUCAUCCGUGCUGCAGAAGGGGCUUCGCCCUCGCGAUUAUUCUCGACACAACUUGAGGCUUGAAUAAAAGCGGUUAAGGUGGAACUUUUGGGCAGUAAAGAUUAACUUGAGUUUUACAACAUCCACGGGUGGCCUCCUUCAUAUUCGCUCGAUUGGGUAUUCCGCCCCCAACGUAGCCUUCCCAACUGAAUGCCUUACGGUAAGGCAUUCAGUUGGGAAGGCUACGUGCGCCGCAAAAGACUUUUAUCUGGAUGGAGAUGCGGCAACAUGUCACAACUACAGAAGUUAAAGUCUGGCUCUCAGAAGCGAAAGGAAAAGAAAGAGAGGGAGAAAAAACAAAAAGAAGGAAGUCAGGUUCUGACUAACUUCUUUACAAAGAAAGAAACUGUCACAGAAAGUGGACCAGCAGCAACAACCCCCUCAUCCUCCUCUGAUGCAGACUUGAGACAAGUGUGAUGGCGAGGCCUAGCCACAGCGAGCAUGUCCUGCAGCAGCUCAACAACCAGCGGGAGUGGGGCUUCCUGUGCGACUGCUGCAUUGCCAUUGGAGACAUCUACUUCCGGGCCCACAAGGCCGUACUGGCCGCCUGCAGCUCCUACUUCAGGAUGAUGUUCAUCAGAGACCAGCAGGGAACGUCCCGUCUGGACCUCAGCAAUAUGCAGAUCAGUGCAGAGUGCUUCGACUUAAUCCUGCAGCUCAUGUAUCUUGGCCGAAUCAUGGUGGGCAGCUAUGAGUUUGAGGAGCUCAAAGCUUCCAUGGCCUAUCUGCAGAUGUAUUACAUCCCCGACUCGCUGGAAGACCUCCGUGAUAUCAGAAGCUCCAAUCUCACUCCGUCCUCCUCAGCCUCCUCCUCUUCUUCCACCUCGUCCAGUUCCUCUUCCUCCACUGGCCCCGCUAAUGGAAAGAUGAUGUUUGGAGUCCGCAUGUUUGAGCAGCAGAAGCCCAGUGUCCCUGAAGUUGAGCGCACGCCAAAGGCUGUCAGCACUCCUGUGUGUCCAAGCUUCACAGAUCCAGUGAAAAGGCCCGUGGUGGUGGUGGAGGAGGUGGCGGCACUUCCUUUGAAAGCCGCCCCACCGCUUGGAGAUAGCAUGGCUGAGCAGCCAUGUGACCUGAGGAAAAGAUCUGGAGGCCGGAGUGCCACCCUUAAAGAGCGUCCCCGUUUUGGCCGCACCUACACCUGUGAUGACUGUGGCUUUGUCUUCAGCUGUGAGAAGCUGCUGAUUGAACACAUCCUCACAUGCACCAACAGGAAGGCUGCCUUCCAGGCUCCCCGAACCAGUGCAGAUGCAGAUAAUGAUUCCAACAAGGGGGAGAGCUCAGCAUCAGAGGGAAUCGAGGAGCACAGGGUGGUCUGCAAAGGGGAAGAGGAUUGGCCAGACCACAAGUCAGACUCUGAAUCUGUGAUCAGAUCUGUAGCAACCGGAACAGAAAAUGAGCCUGCAUCUAUCAGGACUAUUUCCAUCAAGACAGAGCCAGAAGAAAAUGUGGUUUCAAAUAUGGAUGGCAUCAAAGUAAUCCGGGUGGGGGAGCACAGUGCCAGAGACUGCAGUAGCACAAGGAGCAAUGCAUACAAGGACACUAAGAGUGACCAGGCUAGAUUUAACCAUGAUCCGGAGGCUGGAGUCUCAGGCAUGGAGGACGGCAGUGAUCUUUUGGAUGGAGACCUGUCAAACAGUGAGGAUUCUGCCCUACCUGCAAAGGUGCGCAAGAUUAAAGAGGAAAAUCUGGAUACAGAUUGUAUCCCAUGUGAGCUCUGUGGAGCUCUGCUAACCGAGGAGGACCAAUCAGGCCACUACAUCUCCAAUCACAUGGGGCACAUCUGUGCCUGUGGGAGGUGUGGACAGGUCUUAAUCAAAGGACGGCAGCUCCAGGAACAUGCAGAACGUUGUGGAGAACCCCAGGGUGCCGAGUCUGAUUCCCACGGAGAAGAUCACUCUCCUCUCCUGGAAGACCCAACGGCCAUGGAGGAGGGCUCGCUGGAAGGGACUGACCUUACUUGCCCCCACUGUGGUUUGUUGUUCCAAAGUGAGAGUCUGGCCAUGGAGCACACUCUUGUCUGCCACGAGCAGGAGCUUCUCCGCCCAACCAUGCUGGAGGACGGGGCGGAGCCGGAUCAUCGACGCAAGCACUUCUGCAGCAUCUGCUUCAAGGGUUUCUACCAGCGCUGCCACCUCCGGGAGCACUACACGGUCCACACAAAGGAAAAGCAGUUCACCUGCCAGACGUGUGGUAAACAGUUCCUGCGCGAGCGGCAGCUCCGGCUCCACACCGACAUGCACAAGGGGAUGGCGCGCUACGUCUGCCCCGUCUGCGACCAGGGCACCUUCCUUAAGCAUGAUCACGUGCGUCACAUGAUUUCGCACCUCUCGGCCGGGGAGACUAUCUGCCAGGUGUGCUUCCAGAUCUUUCCUAGUGGGGAGCACCUGGAGAAGCAUAUGGAUGUGCACCUGUAUAUCUGUGGGGUCUGCGGAGAGAAGUUCCGUCUCCGUAAAGACAUGCGUAGUCACUACAACUCCAAGCACACCAAAAGACUAUGAGAGGCUGGAUCCAAUGUCCACGCUGAAUCUGUGUGUCUGUUGAAAAGCCAUAGAUGUGAUAACAGGUGUAUGCACUUGAAUACCAAAAAUAGAAUCCCUAUAAAAUAUGCACUUUCAAAUUGUAUGCAUACAGUAUGUUCCAUUUUUGUUGAUGAGGGCUAAAGUGCUUCAUUUUGGAGCUUACAUGAUCUGUACCUCAUGCUCGUCACAAAGACAAAACCAAUGUUAGACAAAUCAGUGUUGAUUCUGACUAUCAAUCUAUUUAUCAACAAAUAGUCUGAUUUUGAUCUCUAAAAUAUAUUUAGCAAGAUUUUUGCUUUUACUAAUUUCAUCCAACAGUCUACAUUGUGCAAUGAGACCAUGGUUGAGAUUCCAUGGCACAAUUUGCAUUUAACAAACAUUUACUUUGCACUCUCAUGACAUUUCACUUCAGUAUUUUAUGUUGGUCAAUUCACUUCCUGGUUUUCCAAACGUUUGAGGGGGAGCAUAGUCAAGUCAUAUACUGUAAGUAUAUUCAAGUAGACAUUGAAUUUGGACAUUGAAAUGGAACAUCUCCACCAAGCUAAACAGACAAAAACACUAGAAUAAAUACACAGGAAACAUCAGAAACACAUUUUGUGCUCCUUUGGUUGAUGGUUGAUGGUUCUCCAACAGAGCAUCCAUGUUACAAAGGAACUUUUUCACUUUCUCUUUUGCCUUAUCAGUUAUUUUGUAAAUACUGCUGUAUUGAAGUGACUGCUGUACGAAAAACAAAGAGUCAUUGCAAUUGAAUUUAUAUAUAAACGAAUGUGACUCAAAAUUUGUCUUGCUGAAAAUGACACUGACAUUUAAUUUAAAAAAUACUUGCCAUUUGUGUAUUGUAUAGGAUCAAACAGUAAUGUCUUCAUUCUCUUCAGAGACUGUUUCUGGAUACAUUUACCUUGUUUUCUUUUUGCCUCAGCUUGAGUGGGUAUCAUUGGUAAAUUAACAUAUUUCAGUAAGGGCUUUACAAUUGCCUUGAUUUGUUGAUUUUAUGUUUGCUAAAAAGGGACACUUUCUUUCACAGUUGCGCUUUAUAGCCAAUAGAGAAAGUACUCUUGCAUGUUAGGCGGUUUCUUUUGGGCUUGCUUGGGAUUGGGAUCCUUAAUGUUUGUAACACUGCAGAGUGAACAUAAUCACAACUCAACAUCCUGAAGGGUACAUGGUUGUUAUAUUAUAUUUAGUCAUUUAGCAGACGCUCUUGUCCAGAGCGACUUACAGUAAGUACAGAGACAUUCUCCCCGAGGCAAGUAGGGUGAAGUGCCUUGCCCAAGGACACAACGUCAUUUUGGCGCAGCCGGGAAUCAAACCAACAACCUUUGGAUUACUAGCCCAAUUCCAUAACCGCUCAGCCACCUGACUCCCAUGGGUACGUGGUUGUUGAGGCAACAAAAUUCACCAGUUGAGUGUCUUUACCACCACUACAAGUAAAAUACCCCAGAGGCCUGCCAUUACAAGGUUGGCAAACAUUGAAAGCCAUUGCUGUGGGCAGAUUCACAGCACUUAAAUGUUAGACAAUCAAAUGGAAACGUAAGGAAAAAGGGAGUAACUGGUGGCUCCAUUCUUCUGUGUAUUCCGAUAAGCUCUGAAAGUGCUCAACCAAGACUUCACAAAAAUUUUUGGCUUCAAUAUAAUACUACUACUGAAAAAACCUUUAGUGUAGAAAUAGGCUGUUGCUUUAUGUUCAUGCUGGUUUAGCCAAAAUGGAUGGGUAAAUACAGUUUACUCAGAAGUUUUGACCGAAAUUAAAACAGAAAAAGUUUUAGAACUAAAUGGUAAUAGGGAAGCAUUCUUAAGCUCUUGGUUUAACCAUUGUUUUUCAGUAAUAGUUGGUGUAUUUUUUUAACUGUCUUGCAAAAUGGGUGCUUUUUAAAAUCACAAAAUACUUGUGUCAACCAAUUUAUCACCCAAUUUAUCGCAGUCAGUGAGGUGCUUGCAUAAGGCAAGAAGUGUGUUGUGAGUAAUCAUGUAUUGUCCUGCCAAUACUGUAGGUUGGCAGCCAAGAUCUAUACUUCUUUCUGUCCCAGCAUGGAGGCCUAAAAGGCAGUGCAUUGUUCAUUUAACGUGCACUUUUAUUCCUCUUGCAAAAUGUCAGGUUUUUUCUUUUUAACUAUGACUAUUGGAUGGCAAUGGUAAUAUAUACCAUGUUUCAGAUGAGUUUUGGAGUAAUUUUCAAUUAAACUCUUUGUCACUGUCACUGUCAUUUAUUUGGUUUUAUUGCAUUGGUUGACCAGGUUUAGGCUCUGAAAUGACUUUGUUUUAACGUACUUAUGUUGGUAUACUUGGUAUACUUGUUGCUUGACAGGGUGUUUUAGUAGUCUCUGACAUGAUAAAUGUUGCUUUGGAAAUAGAAGCCUUCUAUCAAUCUAAUAAAACGUGAAUACUCACAAUGUAAACUA